CAACCGUUUCGAAAGGUUGCGGUACUCAGAAAUGUUUUAAUGCUUUUUCAUGAAUCAGUUUGAUGCAAAGUAGUAGUUUACAUGAAGAUGAUAUGGAAAAUGAGACUCCGAUUACUAAAAAUUCCAAGAAAGGUGAUUUCGUUUAUAUUCGUAUGAAUACACCAUCUCAACUGGAAAAUGAAUAUGAAGUCGGCCCAGUGCUUGGUGAAGGCAGUUUCGGUAUUGUUUAUCAAGGCCUAAGAAAAGCUGAUGGCAUGAAAUGUGCAAUCAAAAAGAUUUCACGUGAAAGUUCCUCAACAAGUGAACGUGCUCGACUGGAUCGUGAAAUUUCUAUUCUACGGCAUGUUAGACAUCCUGGAAUCAUUCAACUUUUAGCUGUAGCUGAAUCUCCAAAAAUUAUUUUCUUAAUCACUGAAUUAUGUGAAGGAAAUUCACUAGAUUAUUGUAUUAAACAAUUACCAGAAAGAUCUGGAUUACAUGAGUAUAUUGUAGCAGCUAUUGUAAGACAAGUAGCUUCAGCAUUAUCCUAUCUUCACAAUCGAGGUAUUGUACAUAGAGACUUAAAACCUGGUAAUAUUAUGUUAUUAAACAAAGUUGAACUGGACUAUAGAAAUGUACCUCCGGUGAAUUUCAAAUAUUCUCCUAAACACCAAAUUAAUAAUAAAAUUAUUUCAGAUUCUUCUAUUAAAAAUGAUAAAACAAAAUUUGAACAUAUGGAGAUUGAUAAUGAUACAUUUUCAAAUGCUGGAAAAUUAGUCAUGCCUACAAUCACAACAACUAGUAGUUCUGUUCGAAAUAAAACCAUAAAAUCUACAAAAAGAGUAUCCAUUCACUCAGUUCAAGAUUCUUCAUCUUUAGACAAAGAUGAAAAAACGAGUGUUAGUUGUAAAUCUUUUCAAGUGAAUAGAACAUUUAAAACAAAUGGUAAAAUUGUUGAAUGUGAAAUGAAAUAUCCUCCAAGAGAAUUACAAACAAAAUUAAUCGAUUUUGGUUUAGCUGUCGAAGUACGUAAAAAUGAAGAAGCCUUAGCUAACCCAUGUGGUACACCACUUUAUAUGGCACCAGAGGUUUUAAAUGGUCGAUCAUAUACACGUCAAUGUGAUUUAUGGAGUCUAGGUAUAUUGAUGUUUAUUCUAUUAACGGAUCAAUCACCGUUUACUGCUCAUAAUGAAGAACAAUUAAUAAAGGAAUUAAAUAAUCUUAAUAUACAUGAGAAAAUACAAUCAUUGGAUUAUUUAACACCAUUAUGUCAAGAAUGUUUAAUACGUCUACUGACUAUUGAUCCAGCCUAUCGAUCUUCUGCCAAUGAAUUGUUACUUGAUCCAUGGCUUUCAUAUUAUCCAGUGUAUAGUAAUUUCGACGAAAGUGUUGAUACUGCAGAUAACAGUACACGAACAUCAAAUGACACACCACCACAACAACAUCAAGAUGUACAUAGUAGACUUAGUUUGACAACAAUACAUUCAUUAGUCGAUUUUUCUAAAGGAUCAGUUUCAGUAAGUACGUCUAGACCUGCAUCAUUUACGCGUUUUCAACCAGCAGGUACAUAUUCUACAACUAAUGUGCUUGAAUUAAUGAAACAGUAUCAUAAAGAAUUAAAUGAUUGUAAACAAGAAAAUGAACAGUCGUCUGAAAGUGAAGAGAUGACUUAAUUUUUCAGUAAUAAUACAUCACAUAAUCCAAAUGUUGUUAAUUAAAUUAUGUGAGAGAGAAAAAAAAACAAGAAGAAGAAAAUGGGCAAUAUAUUAAUUUUAUUACUCCUUUAUUUCUGUACAGAAGAAAGUACAGUUUUUAAAGAUAAGCUUCAAUGAAAAUACUUUUGAGUUUUUGUAUGUAUACAUGUGUAUUUUCCAGUGCUUCAUUUGGUUCUCCUUGAAUAAACCUACUGUUAAAUUUAAUUGAUGCCAUUAUUGAACAGUACCUUUGAUGGACUUUAAUGUUUUUAUAAACACUUGUUUCAUUUAUCAUUUUAUGAGAGUGUAUUAUCUUUGUGUAUUUGUGUCUGUUAGAAAGCGCCGCAAAGUUUAAUUCAUCCACCUGUCAGUUUCUUUGUUAUAAUUUAUGUUCCCUGAUAAUCCAGAAAUAUUCACUCCUCAAUUAAUUGUCAUUAUUAAUGCUUUUAUUAAUUAUUAUGUUAGUCAAU